AUGUCUGAUUUUUCAGACUUUCCUAAAUCUGGAAAAAGGUUUCGAAAGCACAAAGAACCCGAUGUUUAUAAUGGCGAAAGCGUAGAAUGGCCUGAUUAUUUGUGCCAUUUUGAACAAGUGUCGCGUUGGAAUGAAUGGACGGACUGUGAAAAGGCUACUCAGCUAGCCAUGUGCCUUCGAGGACGAGCUCAAAGAGUUCUAAGUGAACUCACUAAUCGCGAGCUGAAUAAUUACUUUGAGCUUAAAAGCGCGCUUACACAAAGAAUCUGCCCAGCCGAGCGUGAAGCCGCAUACAGGUGCGAUUUUAGAAACCGGCGCAGAAAGUUUGGUGAAUCGGUAGCGGAUUACGGCUAUACACUAAGACGAAUAGCUAGUCGUGCUUUUUCGUCCUUUCCCCUGGAUAUGCGCGAAAGCUUAACAGUAGAACAAUUUGUUUCUGGGCUCGGAUCACAAGAAUUGAAGAGAUACGUGCAAUUUUCGCACCCGAAAUCAUUAGGUCGCGCGAUUUCUUUAGCCCUGGAAUUUGAAUCCUUUGAAGGAUCUCAAGAUACAUUGAGAAAACCGAAAGACACUGAAAAACUGCCGCAGCGGCAGUGCAAUGCAUUGGUUUCUCCGGAUAGAAAUGAUUCUAGUAAUCAUGCAAGCAAUGAAGGUCUGGAAAACACAAUUGAGCGAAUAGUUCAAAAGACACUUUCUAGUAUGUAUGUAGAUCAGAAACCAGACAGUCAGCCCAAGCGAUACAUGGGAUCAAGGAAUAUAAAAUGUUUUACAUGUAAACAGAGUGGUCAUAUUAGCAGGAAUUGUCCACACAAUCAAAAUCUUGAAACUCAAGCAAAACUCGGAGGCCUAUCUGGAAUCAUAGGACUAGACUUCUUGGUGAAGUACGAUGUUUUGAUAGAUACAAGAAAUGGGAUCUUAUAUUCACCUCACUUUGGUGAAGUUCCCUUACUUAGGGAAGACCGUCUGCACAGCAGGUGCGCGCGUAUUCAUUUGGCAGAAACUGUCAGUGUACCCGGAAGUAGUGAAAUGUUCGUUCAAGGGAAGAUAAAUGAUGAAUUUCCCUCUGAUACUAAAGCUUUAAUAGAACCAGAACUGGAUGACAAAAUACGGAAUCGCAUAUUGAUGGCAAAAUCAAUAGUAAAAACAAACGGAUCGAACGUAACAUUUUCAGUGUUUAAUCCAACAAAGGAAACAAUCAUUCUUAAAAAGAAUGCAAGGGUGGCCUCGCUACAAACCAUCGACUCUGUAUUAGAUUGCAAAAGCAUUCAAAAUGAAGAAUCCGACCUUAAGUUAACAGAUGCUCAAGCAUUACCGGAACACUUAAGACAAUUACUAGACCAAGUUUCAUCUAAUUUCACAGAACAUCAAUCGCAGAUGUUAAAAAGCGUAUUGGUUCAUUAUUCAGAUGUUUUUAUUGAACCUGGAGGUUCUCUAGGGCGCACCGACUUAGUAAAACACACCAUCAAUACAGGUGAUGCGCGACCUAUCAAGUUGCCUCCCAGACGCCUUCCUAUACAUCAGAAAAAGGUAGCAGAACAGGAAAUUGACAAAAUGCUGAAGGAGGAUGUCAUUGAACCUAGUAAUUCCCCUUGGGCAGCACCGAUAGUUCUCGUUAAAAAGCGAGAUGGGACAACUAGAUUCUGUGUGGAUUACCGCAAGUUGAACUCGGUAACUAAGAAGGACGCAUAUCCGUUACCACGGAUUGAUGAGUCCCUGGACACACUGUCAGGAGCAAAGUACUUUUGUAGCAAGCGGCGAUUGGCAGGUUGUCAUGGAUGA